GACUUCAGUGUUCGAAUCGCGAGCUCCGAUGGCCGACGUGGCGCGACCGACGACGACGACGAAGCCGCCGGACGUCAACAUCUGGGCGGCGACGAUCGCCAACGACUAUGCGACUGUCGAGCGUCUCCUGCGCGAUGGCGUCGCAGCGAACGAGCGCAACUCGCUCGGCGAGACCGCGCUGCACCUCGCGGCCUCGCGCGGGUACGACGACCUCUUGAGUCUCUUGCUGCGCCAUGGCGGCAGCCCGCAUAUGCACGACAAGGAGUCGGGCUACACGCCAUUGCAUCGAAGCCUCCUAUAUGACCAUAUCAACACUUCCUUGCUCUUGCUCAACGCCGGGGCGCACUUGACGGUCGAAGAAAGCAGCGCGGUCGUCGACCACGAUGGCCUCGCGCCAAUGGACCUUCUCUCCGCCAAGCUCAGCGCGACGUACCCGCACCAGAUGGCCUCCACGCGCGGUGGCGAAAUUUAUACCUUUGGCAAAGUCGACUUCCAGCUCGGGUACCACCUGCCGCACGGCGACGAGCAAGUGAUGCCGCGCCGGGUCAAGUUGCCGCCCAAGACGGACAUCGUUCAGAUCGCAGCCGCGCGCUACCACACCUUGGUCGUCUCGUCGUCGGGCGAGUGCUUCUCCUGGGGCUUUGGAAAAGGCGGCCGGCUCGGCACGGGUACCGAGUUCAACUGCAUCCACCCGGUGCCCGUACCGUUUCCGCAGCGCACAGUGGUCAAGGUGGCUGCCGGCGAGAACCACUCGCUCGCGCUCACCACCGGCGGCCAAAUCUUUUCAUGGGGCUCCAACAGCUUUGGCCAGCUCGGGUUUCCGCUGAAACUCACGUCGGCCUCGAGCCGUCUCUCGCCAAAGCGCAUCGAUGCUUUCAAAGGCGUCGUUGUCGUCGACAUUGCUGCCUCGUCCGUCCACUCUGUCGCCCUCACAGAGUCGGGCCAUGUAUUUAGCUGGGGCAGCAACAAGAAGGGUCAGCUCGGCCGCAAGGAAGGAUUUGGAACGGAUCAGGGCUUUCCGUCGCCCAAGCGCGUCGACGCGCUCAUGCGCACUCGGCGGUGCUCGGCGACGUCACGCACGUUGCUGCCGUCAAGGUCCGUCGUGGCCGUGUCGUGCAACCACACGUGCAUCGUCCUGAACGUCGAGAAGGAAACGUCGGCGGCAGUCGUGCAAGGCCAAGUGUGGCAGUGGGGCUAUAACGCGUACUUUCCGUCGCAAGUCUUGUUGCGGCACGUCUCCAAGGAGAGUCGGCUCCGGCAGCACCACCGCAACCUCUGGGUCCCGCGCUGCCAGCAGCACGCGAUCAGUAUCGUCGACAUCUCGUGCGCGCCGCAGCAUUCCAUCGGGCUCAGCGCCUCGGGCAACGUCUACACCUGGGGCCAUGGCCCUGGCGUUCAGUCUCCAAGUAUCAACUACGUCCCCCUCGCCCACCGGGCGGUAAGCGUGUGUGCUGCGAAAGAGCACUGCGCCGUCGUCUUGGCUACCGGCGACGUGUACACCUGGGGCUGCGGCUCCCUCGGCCACGAAGGUCGCAACUGGCAGCCCGUGCCAAAGCGCGUGCCCAGGCUCAAGCGCGCGUCCGCCGUCGCCGCCGGGCCGCAGCACACGGUCGUUCUCGUGGCGCCCGAUCGCCCGCCACUGGUGCCGACGACGAACGAGCUGCCAACGCUGGCGGCGCUCUGCGAAGAGUCGCUCGCGGCCCAGCUCUCGCUCGAAAAUUUCGUUCAAACGUACAACCACGCCGACGCCAUUUACGCCACGGCGCUCUUGGGCGUCUGCAAUGACUUUGCGCGUCGCAACUGGGACGCGGUGCUCGACAUGGCCAAGGACCUCGAGGAGUUUCCGAUUCACCUCGAAGAGGCAGCACAGAGUACGAGUGCGACCGAUGCCUUGACGCAAACACGCAAGCCAACACGCGAACCAACACGCAAGCCACGCGCGACGAUGGCGCCGCAUGAAGUCGAGAAGCGACUCCGCGCCCUCGCCAAGCGGCUGCGACAGAUUGACGACCUCGAGACACUCGACAGGUGGACGGACGUCCAAGCCGAAAAGAUGGCUCGCAAGCCGUUCAUUCUCGAGGAGAUCGACGUGCUCGAACGGCACUUGGAGAAGGUCCGGGCAGCGCCACCGCCACCUUCGUCUCCUGUCGUGUCACCUGAGGUCAUCGUCGCUGAUGGCCCAAAGAUCCAUGACGUCGUCGAUACAAGGCCGUUGACAGCAGCACCGCCGCCCGCUGUUGUCGUCGACGCAAAGCUCAAGGGCAAGCGGGAGUCGCCGAGAGAAAAGACGUCCAAGGAACAUCGGCCGGCAGAGAAGGAGUCUCGCAAGGCAGCGAAGGAGUCUCUUAAGGUGGAAACCAAGACCAAGAAGACCAAAACCAAGUUCGUGCCGCUCGAUACGUUCUUGCUGUCGACGCCUGUGCCGCCCCCGAUGGCUAAGGCCGUCGUGACUCCCGUGUGGAACAGCCCGCCGCCGCCCCGACCCAUCAAGGCGCCCGCCGCUAUAGGCAGCUCCAAGAGCGGUCCAACAUUUUCUCUCGAAGCCUUUGUCAAGACCAAAGGGCCCAAGAAACCUGCGCCAAAGCAGUCGUCGCCCAUGUGGAGUGCGGUGCCAGCGCCUGCCGCCGUGCCGUCGCUGACAGCCAUCCAGAGCUCACAAGUCGUCGAAGUGACGCAAUCGUGGAACCUCCGGGAAAACUCGUGGGGUCUCUGUCAAGAAGAAAACGUCAAGCUCGAGGACGUCCAGACGCUCGCGCUCAUCGAGAAGCUGCUCGCCGAAGACGCCGCGGCCUUGGCCGCCAUGGAGCAACAACAACAACAAGAACGACAAAAGACGACAACCAACCACCGAUCCAAGACCAAGUCGAAUGCAUUCCGAAAGAGUAGAAAGGCAACGCAAGCGGCCUAGUUGUCAUCACUGCAAGUUUGCGCCGCGAGGACUUCCAUGGACGUCCGGACGACUUUGAUGAACGCGUCGCGCUGCUGCACUUCGUACGAGUUUUGCUUUUGUUUCUCGUCGACCUUGUAAUAGAGUGUGACCAUGAGCGC